CCCCCCCCCCCCGGCGUCGUGACGUCAUCGGCGGGCGCCGGCAGCGCCGAGGCGGAAGCGGGGCGGGCGGAGCCGGAGCCGCCGGAUCCCGGUGUUUUCGGUUCGGUAAAGGAAGAUGCCCAAAGUCAAGAGAAGCCGGAAAGCUCCCCCGGACGGCUGGGAGCUUAUCGAGCCCACGCUGGACGAGCUGGAUCAGAAGAUGCGAGAAGCUGAAACGGAGCCUCACGAGGGGAAGCGGAAAGUGGAAUCUCUCUGGCCCAUCUUCCGGAUCCACCACCAGAAGACCCGCUACAUCUUUGACCUCUUCUAUAAGAGAAAAGCCAUCAGCAGGGAACUGUACGAGUACUGUAUCAAAGAAGGCUACGCCGACAAAAACCUGAUCGCCAAGUGGAAGAAACAGGGUUACGAGAACCUGUGCUGCCUACGGUGCAUCCAGACUCGAGAUACUAACUUUGGAACCAACUGCAUCUGCCGGGUUCCCAAAAGCAAGCUCGAAGUGGGGAGGAUCAUCGAGUGUACGCACUGCGGCUGCCGCGGGUGCUCGGGCUGACGGCCCCCGGCCCCUUCGGAAACCACCCUCCGGCUCGAACCCCGCGCCCAUCUGACCCGGUCACCCCCCUCGCCGGAGCGGCGUCCCGCCGAGACGGGCCUCCCGCCGCCGUCUCUCGGCUGAUCGUCUGUAAUCGUUUCUGAUUUUAAAAUAAAAUCUAAACCCCACAGCG